GAUAAUUCACCAUUUUCAUUUUUCUCUUCAAUCCAAUGAAGAACGAAGAAAACACCGAGCCUUGUUACGAUGAUUUCCAACCCUAUUGCCAGUGGAGAAAGGAAGUCGGAGCUUCCAUUAUCCAAGAAGUUCGCAUUGUUGAAAUCCAUUUACAAGGAUUCAAAGAGGAAGAGUUGAAGAACGAGAUGAAAUGGGAUGGAUGUCUAUAUAUCAGUGGAGAACAUCCAAUGGGGAAGAAUAAAAUAAAGCGAUUAAGCAAAAGGAUUGAUGUUUCAAAGUAUGAUAUAAAGGGAAUUGAAGCCAAGUUUGAAGGUGGAAAACUUAUUCUAAGGCUUCCAUGUAAAAGCUCAACCUUUAGCCUCCUCACCAAUGGGAGGGGUAACGCAAUUGGAAUUCUACAUUUACACGAAUUUCUCAAGUCUUCCAUGGCCCUUGCUCUUCUCAUCAUUCUUGGGUUUUAUAUCUACAAGUAUUCUCAAUGUACCUAUUUCGGAAAUUGA